ACAUUUAUUUUGAAAUAAAACGUCAAAGUCAAAUCAAGUUGGGUAGUGUUGGCAAAGUUUUAAACUUUUAUUUUAAUUAAACAUAAAUGAUUGUUUAAACUAAUAAGAAACUGUUCGAAAAAUUCAAACGCCCAAGAUGUCGUGGUUGAAUUUUAAUGACAGUCUAAAUAACUUAAAGGGACAACUUUCCAAUUUUGCUAGUAAUGUUUUGGCUGAAGAAGAUCAAGGGACAGAAUUAAAGGAGAGCGAUUAUAAGGAACUACAAGAAUUAUGUGUUCAACAAGAACUUGAGAUAAAGAAACUGAGAAAAAUUAAUGCAGAAUUAAAUAAUAAACAAAUCCAAGAUGUUUCUCAACCAAACGGUUCUUGGGGUUGGACUACCACUGAAGAAUUACCUCCCACUGAAUCUACAGGAUCUAUAUCCGACUUGAGGAAGCAAAUAGCUGAUUUAAAAAAUGAAAAAUCGGAUUUAAUGGCAAAACUUGAACAACUCGAUGCCGAUAAUCAAGAAAAUUUGAUCAACAUAAUGCAAAUGAAAGAAAAAUUGCAAUACGAAUUGAAUGAAUUGAACAAUAACUAUAUUAGUGUUAAGGAAGAAAAUAAAAUUCUACUAGAAAAAGAAGAAAAGUUGAAAAAUGAAAUACAACGUUUAGAACACCAAACUGUGGCUUCUGGUGAAGAUUACGUACAAAAGUGUAAAGAGAUUACAGAAGUAAAUCAGAAAAUCAGUGAUGAGCUGGAACAAUUACGAAGCGAACUAAAUAUUACAAAAAAAUCAAAUGAAACAUUACAAAAAUUGUUAAAAGACACUAAAAAUACCGAAGAAUUAGCCGAAAGAGAAAAACUGAAAAAAAUAGAAAGCGAAAACAAACUACUAUACUCCGAAUUAAAAAAAGCAAACGAAGCAAUAUCUACAUAUGAAAUAAAAAGUUUAGAAGAUGAAGAAAACUGCAAUAAACUAGCAACAAUAUUGGAAACAUACGACAAACAAGUUAGUUGUUUGAAAAAAGAAAUUGAAAACAUUUCGAAAUUGUACGAAGAUGCCCAAAUUAAACUCGCAAAUAGUGAAGACACGUGUAAAAAACUGUGUAAUGAUAAAGAAGAAAUGAAAACAGAAUAUAAUAAAGAAAUCUUGGUAUUAAAAGAAGAAAUAGAAGAACAUUUGAAAAUAAUAGACGAAACGACGAAGGAAAAACAAAAUAACACAAAAGACACAAUAGAAGUUCUUUUAAAAGAAUUAGAAAGUUUCAAAAUAGAAAAUGAAAAUCUUAAGAAACAUAAUGAAGAAUUAGUUGUUACGGCAACGGGAAGAAUGGACAUGGACUUGGAAAACGAAUUAGAAGAUAUCCAAGAAGAACAUGAAACACGCUUGAAUAUAUUGAGAGAAGAACUAGAGUUACUAAAACAACAGGAAUCUAAAAAUAGAACUGACGAAUUGAAAUUUGUAGAAUUAGAAGAAGAAAAGCUAUUAUUACAUAGGGAACUAAAAGACGUUCAAGAUGAAUUAGAAGAACUGAAGAAAAAUCAUAAAGUUAGUUUACAAGAACUCCAUGAUAAGUAUGUAAAUAUCAUUACAGAAAAUAUAAAAAAAUUCCAGGAAUGUGAGAAACCUUCAGAUUUCCAAUACUACAUACAAGAAGAUGAUCCUCAAGUGGUUGAAUUGUGUAAACACGUCGAAAGUAUAAUGAAAAUUCUAUUAGAUUUCAAAUGUAAAUGUGCAGAGCUAGAAACAAGAAUAAUGGAAUUGGCGGAAGAAAAAAAUAGUAUAUUAGUUGAAAAGAAUAGAGAAAUAGAAAAACUUAUACAAAAUUCCGAUGUAUUGAGUCAAGAAAUUUUAACCAAAACUCAGUCAUUAAAAGAAUUCGAAAACGAAUGUAAUGAAAUGGCUAAAAAUAACGAACUGCUCAUUUCUGAAUUGGAAACGUUGAAAAACAAUCCAGUAUUACAAACAAUAUCAGAAUCUAACGAAGACAACAUGAUCUUAUUGGAAUCGCAACUAGAAAAUGCUAAUAAAAGAAUAGAAGACUUGGAAAGGAUAAUUGAUGAUUUGGAAAGGAACCAAAUAAGAAAAGAUAGCCUUGAAGAUACUAGCGAUUUGGAAAAUGCUGUAAAACAACUCAAUAUUACAGAAAAAGAAAUUGACGAUAAGAAAAAAGAUUACGAAGAAUUAUUGAACAAUUUCGAUCAACUCCAAGUAGACAACGACUAUUUGAAGAAGGAAUUCGACCGACUCAAUGAACAAUUAGAAUUUUCUAACGAAGAUAAUAAUGAGUUGAAAGGAAAUUUAGAAAAAUUAAAAACUGAUUACGAAAACACCGAAUAUCAAUUAAGUGAGGUAAACAUCAAUUGCGAAGCAUUAAAAGAAGAAAUAGAAGAAUACAAAACUAAAUUAAAAUCACUUCUAGCUGAAAAUACAUAUUUAAAAUUGCAAAACGAAGAUAAUUCAAGAAAAAAUUUAGAUCUCGAAACCAAAAUGAAUGUAUUAGAAGAAAAACUCGCAGAAGAAGACGAUAUUAAGAAGAAUUAUGAAAAGCAAUUAGAAGUAGUAACGGAAAAAUUGAAAAACGCAAAAAUGGGAGAAACAAGUCUCAAGUUACAAUAUGAACAAAAGAGCAAAGAAUUGGCAGCACAAUUAGAAGAAAGAUACAAUCUAGAAUUAUCUUUAAACAAAAUAAACACCGAUCUUGCAGAAUUUCAAAACAAUUUUGUCGAAUUACAAAAUACAAACGACAAGUUAUUGUUAAAACAAAAAGAAUUAGAAAACGAUGUAGCCGAAAAAGAAGAAACUAUAAAACGACUAGUAACAAAUCAAACCGACAAACAAGAUGACAACAAUUUAAAAUUAAACCUAGAACAAACCUCGUUAGAAAACGCUAACCUACAAACUGAGUUAUCACAAGUAAAGACACAGCUAAAAGAAACUACAGAUCAAUGUACAAACUUACAACAACAACUACAAGAAGUUACAAAUUCCAGAAACGAAUUAAUCAACAUGGUUACGAUGAAACAUCAAGAAAACGUAACUUACCAUAACGAAAUUCAAAGAUUAAACCAAAUAGUCACUACGGAAGUGGAGAAAAAUAAAAAGUUAGAAGAGCAAUUGAAACAACUACAAUCUAACGAUUCAGAAAUAGAAAAAUUGACGGAUCAAAAUAUUUUUUUGAAAGAAAAAUGCGAAGUUAUAGCUAAGAAUCUAUUAGAAGAACAAGCGAAAUCACAACAAUUGAUAGCUGAACGGUCCGAGAGAGAAACGACGCUUCAAAAAAAAGUCGAUAGACUUCAAGCGCAUCUCAUAGAAUUAGAAGAGCAUUAUACGCAAGAACUUCUACAAACCGAGCAAAAGAACUCGCUUCUAACGGCUAAACUUUCAGAAAUGGAAGAAAGGGAGAAGAAUUCCAGUACGAUGUAUACGUCGGUUAAUAUAAGGGCGAAUCAACAAGUAGAAUCGUUGCAGAGUCAAUUGCAAGGGGUUAUCACCGAGAGGGAUUCUUUGAGGAAGCAGAUUUCUGACGCCGAAGACGAAAAUUCGAAACAAGCGGCCGCGUUGGCUAAUCUACAGUUCGUUCUAGAACAAUUCAGAAAAGAUAAAGAGAAAGAUGUAAUGCAAGAAACUGAACGAAUUCGACGACAUAUUAAUACUGAGAAACAAAUACAAGAAGAGCUUCGAAAAGAAAUAGCUAACCUCAAGUCACAGCUAGAAGAACGUACGCAAGGUCUAUUAGCAGCUUCGAGGAUAUCAGAUCAACUGGAAGUAUCAAAAAAAACUAUUAAUGGAUUGAAAGAUGAAGUAUCCCAACUUCAAACUAAACUCACAAAAACUGAGGAAGAACUAAGUAAAGCUGUAAGCAGUACCGAUGGAAAAGUAGAUAAACUGUUAAUAAAAAACCUCAUCCUGGGUUAUGUUAUGUCAAAUAACAAUAUGAACAGGGAUCAAGCACAAGUGUUAAAAAUAAUAUCUACAGUAUUGGAUUUUAAUCAACAGGAUCAUGAAAAAGUGAAAUUCAACAAACCGCAGCAGGGUUGGUUGGCCUCACUCCUAGCUCCAAAUCCUGAAAAUAAGAUGUCUGAAGAAUCUUUAUCAAAGGCUUUUAUACAGUUUCUUGAAAACGAAUCGAAACCUCGAGUAGUUCCAAGUUUACUUGAUAAUAAUACUAUUUCAGUGCCAUCAAAUGCUUCUACUAAGUCAUCAAGCAGUACAUCCAGUACUCCCAGACAAACGCCUAUAGUACUCAGUGAAAUAGUCUUACCUACUUUCACAGAGUUUGCACAAAAUAGAAAUUCCAGUUCUAUAUUAAAAGAUGUACUAAAAGAUAAUAGUUGAAGUACUUGGUAAAUUUUUAAGAUUACAUUUGUAAAAUUAACUAUUUAUAUGAAAUGUAUUAUGUAUAUUUAGAAUUGUGCAUUUUAUACAGCUUUUUAUUUGUAUAUAGAGAUGUAAGAGUCUUAUUUAUUUAAAUAAAUUUUAAAAAGUA